GACGAAGCUUUAAAAGACUCUAAUACCUUUAUCAUAAAAGCCUUCUUGACACGAUUUGGUGUGAAAUUCAACUCUCAAUUUGGCUGUGAACGAGCCCAGGAGCGCAAACCGUGAAUCCACCACCACAGUCCCACUGUGUCCUUGGAUAACAACAUCCAGCUCCUCUGGCAGCUGCCGAAAUUGCUCGAUCUCAUUGCAGCAAUUGCGCGGUCUUGCCAAGUGUGCUUGCACGAUCCCAAUCCUGGAUGGACGCACAAUGUUGGAGUGACGGACCACGACCACGACGACGACGACGGUGAUGAAGGCGACGAACUCGUACGCAACUUGGCGUCAGCUCUGAUUUUUCCGUCCCUCGUUCCUUCUGUGAUCAAUCCAUUUUUUGGUAAAUGUUGACAUUAAUGUUGAGGAGUGCCAUUUGACAACAGUUGCGAAUUGGCGUUGGGAGUGUUCACUGUUCAGUUCGUUCGGGGCUCAUUGGAUCAGUGAAUGCUGGAGUGAUUGAAGAGGGAAUGUUACAACAACCAUCGGGGAAUUUGGAAAGCCAUCAGAUCAAGUGAGCAUUGAUUAAGCCAUGUCCCGACAUGUGUGAACCCUCGUCCCAAGCCCAAACUGCCCCACAGACCCUCAAGUGAACCAUGAGGUACGCCAUUUACCUGGUGGCUCUCACCACAUUAGCAGUGCAAGUAGUCAACACCCACAGACAAUAUGGCCGAAGUAGCCGAUACGGCUUCCUGCAGCCUCUACGGGCCUCCAGACGCACCUCAUCACCCCAAACCCGCAUAUCAAAUCGAGGAGACAGUGCGUCUCUGUCUCACAGAUCCUCAUCCAAUACACGAUACAGUCCGGCCAGAGCCAUCAACUAUCGGAGGCGUCAAAAGGUGACGCCCAAUCCUGACCUGGGCGCCCUUGUUCCCUAUAAACAGCCUCAUUCUUCCAGAAACUUACCCUCCAGUCAGGAGGAUCAAGUUCCGAAUUUCUGUUGGUAUCGAGGCCAUAAGUACGAAUGCGGUUUGAGUCUGUCCUGCGUGUUUGGUGGCAACAAGGCCCUGGACCUCUGCAAUGGUGGCAUGAUCUGGAGUUGUUGCGUGCCCAGAUCGGAAGUGGACUCUUCUUCUUUAUCGGUGCCAAUCACGUCUUCCUCAUCCUCGUUGGCCAGUCAUUAUGGAGCGAUCUCAAAUGCCACCUUCUCUGACGAGGAUCCUUCCCUCAACGAAAUCCACCACUUCCCCCUCCACCCCUCCUCUUCCUCUCCCACCUCUUCAUCUUCCUCCUCCUCCUCCUCCACGUCAUCCAGUUCUUAUUACAUCAACAGUCAGCACGAUACCAACAUUCACCAAGUCCAUGGGUCGAGCCCAUCCUUGUCUAGUCACGAGUCCGGUUUCCAUUACCCGACUCGGCCUCCACGCCCACCUCGGGCCCCUCGCCCGUCCUUCUCCCGCCCACCCCAUCCGUCGUCCUCGUCGGAGCUGUUCUCGUCCUCCUCAUCGUCGUCUUAUGAGGACGACCAAGACGAUUUCGAGCCUUUCGACGACCAUCGCCACCACCAUAGCAGCCAUCAUCAUGAGACAAAGCCCUUUGUGGACGUGGGUUUGGGCGUGGCACAACCGGAGGCUGGAUCCAGUCCCAGUAGUGUUAGCCGAGCCAAAUGUGGCGAGGUAUACACAUCAAGUUUCCGCAUUGUGGGCGGGGAGGAGACCCAAUUCGGCGGCCACCCGUGGCAAGUGGCCGUGAUCAAACAGAGCUUCUUAAGCAAACGCAUCUCAUGCGGCGGAGCUCUGGUCUCCGAGCGAUGGGUCAUCACAGCCGGACAUUGCGUGUUCAGCACGGAUCUUGACAAGAUGCGCAUCCGAUUGGGCGAAUGGAACGUCCGGGCCCAGAACGAACCUUAUCCCCACGAGGACUUUGAGUUGGAGGCCAAACACGUACAUCCCGGGUACAACCCGGCCGAUUUCAGGAACGACAUCGCUUUGGUUCGCUUAGCCCGAGAUGUGGUAUUUAAGGAGCACAUCGUUCCAGUAUGUCUACCAGAGCCCAGACAAUCAUUUGUCGGCAGCUACGCCAAGGUCAUUGGAUGGGGUCGCACCCAACAUGGUGUGGCUACGACUCCCAGUAUUUUACAAGAGGUCCGAGUUCAAGUGAUCUCGGCUGAAAGAUGCCAGAGCUGGUUCCGGCAAGCGGGCCGAAAAGAGAUGAUUUACACGGAAAACUUCAUCUGCGGUGGUUACGAACACGGUGGUCGGGACAGUUGCCAAGGUGACAGUGGUGGUCCUUUGGUGACUUCGGUGGGAGGCCGACAUUUUCUCAUUGGUUUGGUCAGUUGGGGGAUUGGAUGCGCUCGGGCCCAUCUCCCUGGGGUGUACACAAACAUUGCCAAUUAUGUGAGUUUAUUUUGUAGUCAAUAUCCCUCGCAAAGAGAUUAACCUGGAUGCCUUCAUGUUUGUUUCAGGUUGAUUGGGUCCAUAGGACAAUGUAUUAGCCAUGAUCAGUGAAGGAUACAAAAAUUCGGUUGCCAUUUCAAAGACUUUGAUACAUUUCCCUUCUUUGGCUGUCGGAUCGGCUCUGCGUUUAAGGAAGUGACCUUUGGCAAAGAGCCAUCUGCCCGCCAGAGCCUCAAUUUGUGAUAUUUACUAUGUUUUGUCCGGCGUGUCCUCUCAGGAGAUUCGUGUUGCUGUUGUUCCUGUUUCAGAAGAACACUAAUGUUUCUAAUCGAGUGUCCAUGAACAUCGUGUUGUUAUACUAUGAAAAGAAACUUUGUUUAUUGUUGA